AUGCUUUCUAAUGAAAGCAUCAGUGACAGAUACGUAACACACUUCAUCUUGCUUGGCUUUCAAUACUCUUCACUGAUCAAGACUCUACUUGCAAUAAUUUUUUCUAUUGCAUAUGUUAUCACAAUUCUGGAAAAUGCAGUAAUUAUUGGCAUUGUGAAGUGGGAUCCAAAACUUCACUCACCCAUGUACUUCUUCCUCAGUAAGCUAGCAUGGUUGGAAACUCUGUACGUCUCUAUUACUGCCCCAAAAAUGUUGAGUGAUCUCUCAACAGGAAACAAUAUUAUAUCUGUGUCCAUGUGUCUAAUGCAACUGUACUUCUUUCUGUCCAUGGGAUGUUCAGAGUGUUUCCUUCUAGCAGCUAUGGCCUAUGACCGAUAUCUUGCCAUUUGUAAACCAUUACUCUACCACAGUAUCAUGACCUCCCAAGUGUGCUGGAACCUGACAGGAGUCAGUCUGUUUUUAGGCUUUCUUUCUUGCUCAUUCUCCAUAGGUUUGAUUGCUCAACUCAAUUUUUGUGGUUCCAGGAUAAUCAACCAUUACCUAUGUGACAUAUCACCAGUCAUUCACCUCUCAUGUUCAGACAUCUCUACCGUAGAGCUAGUUGAUUUCAUAACAGCCUUAUCUGUGUUGAUUAGCUCUUUAGUACUUAUAAUAAUAUCGUAUGUGUAUAUAAUAUCUACUAUAAGGAAAAUACCCUCUGGGAGAGGUUGGAAAAAAACAUUUUCUACUUGUGCUUCUCAUUUGACAGUAGUUAUUUUAUUUUUUGGGACUACUAUAUUUAUGUAUGCUCGGCCACAAGCCAUUGACUCAAAUGAUUUCAACAAGUUUCUGUCUGCAGUGUACUCUUUAAUUAUUCCUAUGGUAAAUCCAAUGAUCUACAGUUUGAGAAACACUGAAAUGAAGAGAUUGCAGCAGCUCCAAGAACAGUUAAAUUUGUCACCAACUGGAGCAAGAGGCGAUAACAAGGUGGAUUUCCACACUUUACAUGCUUCAGUGGAUGAAGGAACAGCAAAAAGCCAUACACAGCUACACAACAAGAAAUUACAUUGGGCGAGGAGGGGGAAUGUACCUUACUCCAGCACAGUGGUUAAUUCUUUUCACCUUGUACAAGGUCCUGAACCCCUUUGA